AUGGCUAUCCUCGGCACCGCGGCGGUUGAAGUGCUCAUCCCGGUGGCGGCGUUGAUUGGCAUCGCCUUCGCGAUGCUGCAGUGGUACGUGGUGGCCAAAGUCCCCGUGCCUUCGCACGCCGGCGAGGGCAGCGGCGGCGGCGGCGAAGGCAGUAAGCAGGGCCGCGACGUGCGGGGGGAGGAAGAGGAAGGGGAGGAGGACGGCAUGGACUACCUGCUCGUGGAGGCCCUGUGCGCCGAGAUCCAGCGCGCCAUCUCCAUCGGCGCCACGUCGUUCCUGCUCACCGAGUACAAGUACCUGGCCGCGUUCACGGCGGCGUUCGCGGCGGUGAUCUUCGUGUUCCUGGGGUCGGCGGAGCGGUUCAGCGCGCGGCCGUCGCCGUGCGCGUACGACCCGUCAAGGGAGUGCCGGCCGGCGCUGGCGAACGCGGCGUUCAGCGCGGUGGCGUUCCUGCUGGGCGCCGCGACGUCCGUGCUGUCGGGUUACCUGGGCAUGCGCGUGGCCACGUUCGCGAACGCGCGCACGGUUCUGGAGGCCCGCCACGGCGUGGGGCGCGCCUUCGCCGCCGCGUUCCGGUCGGGCACCGCCAUGGGCUUCCUCCUCGCAUCCAGCGCGCUGCUCGUGCUCUACGCCGCCGUCAACCUCUUCGGCCUCUACUACGGCGACGACUGGGGCGGGCUCUACGAGUCCAUCACACGGGUUCCGUCGCCCUGUUCGGCCGCGUCGGCGGCGGCAUCUACACCAAGGCCGCUGACGUCGGCGCCGACCUCGUCGGCAAGGUCGAGCGCAACAUCCCCGAGGACGACCCUCGCAACGCCGCGCAUGAUGGUCGCCCACAAUGUGAUCGCCGACAACGUGGGGGACAACGUCGGCGACAUCGCCGGGAUGGGGUUGGACCUGUUCGGGUCGUACGCGGAGUCGUCCUGCGCCGCGCUCUUCGUGGCCUCCAUCUGCUCCUUCGGGGCGGAGCACGACCUCACGGCGAUGAUGUACCCGCUGCUCAUCAGCGCCGUCGGCCUGCUCGUGUGCGCGAUCACCACCGUCGUCGCCACCGACGUCACCGAGGUGAAAGAGUCCGACGAGGUCGGGCCGGCGCUCAAGCGGCAGAUCCUCAUCUCUCCACCGCACCUGUUCAUCUGCGUGUCGGCCGGUCUGUGGGCGGGGCUGGUGAUCGGCUACGUCACCGAGUACUUCACGAGCAACGCGUACGGGCCGGUGCAGGCGGUGGCGCGGUCGUGCAGGACGGGCGCGGCGACGAACGUCAUCUUCGGGCUGGCGGUGGGGUACAAGUCGGUGAUCGUGCCCAUCCUGGCCAUCGCGGCGGCGAUCUACGCCAGCUUCCGGCUGGCGGCCACGUACGGCAUCGCGCUGGAGGCGCUGGGGAUGCUGAGCACCAUCGCCAAGGGGCUGUCCAUCGACGCCUACGGGCCCAUCAGCGACAACGCGGGGGGCAUCGCGGAGAUGGCCGGCAUGCCGCGACGGGUCCGGGAGCCGACGGACGCGCUCGACGCCGCGGGCAACACCACGGCCGCCAUCGGCAAGGGGUUCGCCAUCGGCUCCGCGGCGCUGGUGUCGCUGGCGCUCUUCGGCGCGUACGUCAGCCGGGCCGGGAUCAUGGCGGUGGACGUGCUGAGCCCGCGCGUGUUCGUGGGGCUCCUCGUCGGCGCCAUGCUCCCCUACUGGUUCUCGGCCAUGAUGAUGCGGAGCGUUGGCAGCGCCGCGCUGCGGAUGGUGGAGGAGGUGCGCCGCCAGUUCGAUACGAUCCCGGGCCUCGCCGUGCCGGACUACGCCACCUGCGUCAGGAUCUCCACCGACGCCUCGCUCAAGAAGAUGAUGGCGCCCGGCGCGCUCGUCAUGCUCAGCCCGCUCGUCGCCGGCACGCUCUUCGGGGUCGAGACGCUCGCGGGGCUCCUCGCCGGUGCACUCGUCUCCGGUGUCCAGGUCGCCAUCUCUGCCUCCAACAGCGGGGGUGCAUGGGACAACGCCAAGAAGUACAUCGAGGCCGGCAUGUCGGAGGAGGCGAGGUCGCUGGGGCCCCAGGGAUCGAAGGCGCACAAGGCGGCGGUGAUCGGAGACACCAUCGGAGACCCGCUCAAGGACACCUCCGGCCCGUCCCUCAACAUCCUCAUCAAGCUCAUGGCCGUGGAGUCGCUCGUCUUCGCGCCCUUCUUCGCCGCGCACGGUGGCAUCAUCUUCGACCACCUCUGA